ACGCGGUAGAAAACAACCUAGAACAACAUGGGACAAACAGGCUCACAUCUCGAAGACAUGGUCAACUCGUCGAACUUCUCGGCGGAGGAGAUUCAACGAUUGUAUAAACGUUUCAUGAAGCUUGACAAGGAUCGGUCUGGAUCGAUUGACAAGGACGAAUUUUUGUCCAUUCCACAGAUUGCAAACAAUCCGUUGGCAUCUCGAAUGAUUGCCAUUUUUGACGAAGACGGAGGUGGUGAUGUCGAUUUUUUUGAGUUUAUUAAAGGACUGAGCACCUUUAGCGCACGGGGAAACAAACGUGAAAAACUGGAAUUCGCAUUCAAGGUUUAUGAUAUGGAUCGCGAUGGCUACAUUUCGAACGGAGAGCUGUUUCUGGUGCUCAAGAUGAUGGUCGGAAACAACUUGAAGGAUGCCCAGCUGCAGCAGAUCGUGGACAAGACGAUCAUGGAGGCAGAUAAGGACAUGGAUGGCCGAAUCGGGUUCGAUGAGUUUUUGGUCAUGGUGGAGAACACGGAUGUUGCAAGGCAAAUGACACUGGAAAACUUUUAAACGAUGUGGUUGUAUAGAUUGGCUGUUGUUGUUCUGCUUGGUUUUUCUCUCUCUGUUGGCGCUCAUAUACAUAUAUAUAUGUACAUUGACAUUAAGUUUUCUUUUCUUUCCCUUUCCCAUUUCAAGCUGUUUCACUCUGUGAUGUACGCAAACAAGAAAUGUAUGUCUAUCCAAAGUGGCAAAUAAAGAUCCGU